UGAUGGGCUAGUCUCUUUGAGAUAAGGCUUUCGGGACAGCUUGGGGGUUGAGCAAUCAGACCGGGGCUUAGACCUGGCCUAAGCGGAACUUCCUUCCUCGACUGGAGGGACGGGGAAGAGGCUUUAAAUGGGGACUAGGUCCAGCUUACUGUCGCUGUAUGAGCUUCCACACCGUCCGGCGCUGAGGCUCACACCACGGCAGCUUUCCUAACGUCGACAUCAUGGUUCCUACCACUUCCGCGCUGCCCGUCUGGCUGCUCUUCCUCUGCGGGCUGGGGGAAGCGGCCCCGUCCCACCGAGGACACUGCACCGGGAAUCAAUGUUUCGCCCUUUUCCACGAGCCCGGGGACUUUGCUGGAGCACAGAAAAGCUGCAAGGACUCCGGUGGACAGUCAUUAAUGUCCAACUCGGAACACGUAGAGACUCUACUGAAGAGUCCGCUCCCUGGGAGUUACUGGCUGACGCCCAGCCCCGACGGCCCGGGUCGGCCGGGCUGCCCCUGCAUCUCCGUGUCGGGGGGACGGAACUUCACGGUGUUGUGGAAGCCGUGCCUGGACACUCUGGACGGCUUCCUGUGCCAGUUUACAUUCGAUGAGCUUUGCGGUGGUUUGCAGGCAGCCAGCGACGCGCAGGUAAAGUACACCUACACGUCUAUGGACUUGGAGCUGGACUUGGAGCUGGACGACUCGGACACGUUCCCCCCGGGAACCAUCGCCGUGGCGGGAACGUUAGACGGCCAGUACCUGGACUCGAAGCAUGUGUGUACCUCCAGCGGUUGGCUGGAGGCUCCCUGGACCUGCGAGGUGCUGCAGGGCGGCUGUGAGCACACCUGCAGCCCGACACACGGCUGCAUCUGUCCCGCGGGGGAAAUACUCCAACCCAACAACUUCGCGUGCACUGCCAGCCCGUGCGCCUCGAACCCGUGCACAGGUGAGGGCGAGGAGUGUCAAUUCACCACGGACGGGUUCACUUGCACGUGCAAAGAUGGCUUUGUCCAGGAGGAUGGAGAGUGUGUAGACGUUGCAAUCUGUGAAAAGUGUGAGCACAUGCUGUGUGACAAAUUCAACGGCGUGUACAUGUGCCACUGCCGGAAAGGGUUCAGCGUUUCCCCGCGUGACCCCACCAAGUGUGAGUUGAUCUGCACCGAGAGGGACUGUCCCAGCAUCUGCGUCCAUGAUGAUAAGAAAGGGCCCCAGUGUUUCUGCCUGGAUGGCUACAUUCAAGACACCAGCCCCAAUACCAGCACCCCCUUCUGCACUGACAUCGAUGAAUGUGAGAGUAACCAGUGCGACCAGCAGUGUGAGAACGCGUUCGGGAGCUACAGGUGUUUGUGCGAUGACGGGUUCAAGCUGCACCACAACAAGUACACGUGUGUGCCCGUGAAAGAGCUGGAAGAAGACGACGAUGGAUCGGGUUCGACUGCUCCGUACCCCUCCCCAGCCAGCCCUCACCCCGCCACAGUAGUACCCUCUUACAUCAAGACCGGCAGCGUCAUGGGCAUGAGCGUGUUCGUGGCGCUGUGCGCGGCGCUGCUCUACUUCCUCAUCCGAAACGGGGCCAAGCGUUGCGGCAGGUUUGAGCUUCCCUCCUUCAGACACCCAGAGAUUGAUAUUUUCUAUCUGCAGCAGGUGACCACCGAGAAAUAUAAGAGGAUAUCCUUCGACAAACAGUUUAAAAAUGAUCCGCCGACGAUACUUUAAUCCCGCACCGUCUUCUCAUGGCACAUUCCGCUGUUUUCUUCCCUCAAAGACAUCAGAUAUGGGACUUUAUUUCCAUGGUCAUGGGACCCUAAAUGUAACCUGUCUCAGAGGUCAUAGCCACCCAGUGUGGACUGUAAAAGAAAACAGCUUUCCACUUUUUGAAUGUGAAAUAGAAAUGUAGAUGAAUUGCUGUUUAUUCGCCUUAUAGGCUCCAUGGCAACCUUUUGGUUGCAGAAAGAGACAAAAUGGGGGUUCCCUAACAAUUGGGAACGUUUUAGAGUUAUAGUCUAGGGAUGCAACUAAUUAUUAUUUUCAUUGCAGAUUAAUCUGUCGGUUAUUUUCUCGAUUCAUCGAUUGGUUGUUUGGUCUUUAAUAUAUCAGAAACAUGUCCUUCGUGUUUCCAAAAAGCCCAAGACGACGUUCUCCAAAGUCUUAUUUUGUGACAUCGCAGUGUGUAGUCAAGAAAGUAGAAAACAUCACAUAUAUAAAAAAGCUGGACUUUUGAAUUUUUCAUAAAAAUGACUCAAAUGGACUUAUCAAAUAUCAAAAUAAUAGACUACUAACCGACUAGGCUUUGCAGCUUUAUUAUAUAUGCUACUGUAUGACUAAAAAGAUGCAGUUCUAUAGGAAAAAAAGUCUCGUAGUAAUGGUACUUAAAUGUUACCAUGGUCAGUUUUUCUUAUUAGAGAGGCAGUCUCCUAAAACAGCAAUAUCUCUUUUUUGACCCUGAACUGGAGUUAAAGCGGAGAUGGUCUCAGCUUCAACUCUUCACUUUGCGUUCCACGUGUUUUUACAAUAUAUAGCCUAUACUGUAUUUGUGAUCAAGGGUGCAAUUUACGGGGGGGGGGCAAUUUUUCAGAAGCCAGUAUAGGACACCCUGUACAUUUUUUUCUUCUAAACAGAACACUACAAGUGUUAUAAAAACCGAAUGAAUGGAGAGUGAAUGAGAAUAAUCUGAAAACUGUAAACAAAAACCGAUAUAAAGUGCUAACAGUAUAAAGGGAAGCAUGGAGCGCCCAAGAGGAGAUUUAGUCGUCUUAAGCUUUAUAGGGUUAAAUGGAGUUAACCUUUUGAUCUUUUAUAAUAAUAUAUAUCUCCAAAAGUGCAAGAAGUUUAUUUCUUUCAUAAUUUGUAACAUAUUAAUAGGU